CCACGUGCGCGAGUGGUACUGGUUUAUCAGGCCCGGAAGAGUGGGUCGUAUAACUAGAAUUGUCGUAGGAGCUACAUCAUCUGAAAUUUUGCGAUGCUGGUGAAUUACUUUCGGCAAUAACCUGAGGCCAGGUCGUCGCUGUGCGAAAUUGGUACAACCGAUUGGGACGCUCGGUGGUAAAGUUGCAGGUUGUGAUGCGGAUACUUUGAGCGAUACAUGACUGUGUCACUUGAUCCGUAAAAGUGUCGUGCAGUAUAACGUUUCGGGAAGUUUGCGGUUGCGGUGAAGAUGCGUGAAAGGCAGUAUCAGCGACGCGAAUUUGCUUAGCAAAGCGCGUUCACUUACUUCCUUACGUUACGAUUGUAGUGACGAUUGCAGUAUUUUUUCAUUCUGAUCACGGAAAUUAGACAACGAGUGAAAAGCUGCUGGUGCAAUUGUUAUACGAUGAUCGGAACAUUGACUUCCUUCGAAACACGUGAACGCCACACUAUCGCCUUCGUUCUUGAACAAACACAUGAUCAGACAGUUCAAUCACGAGUUGAAAAGUGUUCGACGAUGAAGGUCUACUCGUGAACCCUUUUCAAGUGUACUUAUUGUUUGACUUGUGAUGAUGGUGUGCUUCAACCGACCCUGAUAAGAAUCGUCACGCGUGAAUCGACCAGAGCCACACCUGGAAUCACCGAAACGAAGAUGACCUGCAACGGCCAUGCGGCGGUCAUCCGUUAUGGCCUUUUUCUGGCAUUGAUAAACGUCGUCAUUGGUAACAACCAGACGGACGAUUGGAACCAGCUUCUGACUUCAUCCUCGAAAAACCCCAGUUGGUGGCCGCAGCAUCUUUACCGCAAUGACUCCGUGCAUAAUUCAAAAAAGUCCUCAAAAAUUCUUCACUUCUCAGAAUGGAGUGAAUGGUCUGUUUGUAGUAAUCACUGCACACAAAAUAGAGUGAGGAGGUGCCAAGCGAAGAAAAAAUGUGGAACCACCGUUCUUAGAGAAGAACGGAGCUGUUUCCACAAGAGACGAGGAAAGCGAAGAAGAUGCCGUCAGCGUCAGAGACACAGGGAUCGGCAUAAAGAGAAGUUUCACGUUGUGCAGAUUCCAAAAGAAGCGGAACCCAGACAAGGCAGACAAAAGGGUAAUCAAGGCCAGAAGGGACCGCGCAAACGACCAAACCGCUUCUAUGGAAAAUGGAGCAAAUGGUCAACGUGCAGCAGAAGUUGCACCACGCAACGACACAGGUGGUGCAGACGGCCAAGAAUUUGCGGACGCGACGUCAUACGCGAAAGCGCCUACUGUUACGUCGAAGGGAGCUUCUGUCAAAAAUGGAUUUAUCGACGAAUACAAGGACGAUACGAAGACGACAACGAUGUGGAUCAAGAGUUGGACGAAUUAGAUCUCCGGCCGAACAUGGUGGACUCCUUCAGCGGCACCGUUGAGGAACCGUGGAAAUGUGGAGUGCUCAAUUCCAGUAGAAACUCCAGGCUGUCCUAUUUCACCAGGAUCAUUGGAGGGCGUCCAGCAACGGCGGGAAAUUGGCCAUGGCAGGUUGCCAUACUGAACAGAUUCCGGGAAGCAUUCUGCGGCGGAACUCUAGUCUCACCCAGAUGGGUCCUCACAGCUGCACACUGCAUUCGUAAGAGACUCUACGUUCGUGUGGGUGAACACGAUUUGACAGUGAAAGAGGGCAGUGAACUAGAAUUUAGGGUCGACAGCGUAAUCGUGCAUCCGUACUAUGACGCAGAUACAGUUGAUAAUGACGUUGCCCUUCUGCGGCUUCCGGUGAUUUUAACACCCGCUUCGACUCGCGGAAUUGCUUGUUUACCGACUCCGAGACAGCCGUUGCCCACAAAUCAACUCUGUACCAUAAUCGGAUGGGGCAAGUCUAGAGCCACAGACGAUUUUGGAACUGACGUCCUCCACGAGGCCAGAGUGCCGAUUGUCUCGAGUGAAGCAUGUCGAGGGGUCUACACCGACUACCAGAUAACAGAUAACAUGUUUUGUGCGGGAUAUCGUCGCGGGCGCAUGGACUCUUGCGCAGGAGAUAGCGGAGGUCCCCUGCUCUGCAAGGACCCGCGACGACCGGAGCAGCCCUGGACCAUUUUUGGCAUUACGAGUUUCGGAGAGGGUUGCGGCAAACGUGGAAAAUUCGGGAUCUACGCAAGGCUGCCCAACUACGUAGUCUGGAUCGAGAAGGUCAUGAGACACACCGAUGCAGGCACGUAGAUCCAGGAUCCAUGAAUCAGUUUGUUUGCCGCAACUCGCGGGAUGUACGAGUAUUGGUAGCGAGUGGGGUUCGAAGGCAGACGAAACUUGAGAGGAGAACGUUGCGGAAAAAUUCGAAUAUUUUUCAAAAUCUAUUUCCUAGAUAACAUCUGACUUGAGGCGAAGUUUAUAAUUAGUUUGCGGCUCAUACAUUCACAUCAGCUGUUUACAAUCGUUAGCUUCAAUAUUAACGUUCAAUAAUAACGUGAAAUAUAUAGUUGCGUGAUAAUUGCAUGACCAAAUGCAUGAUCUGAUUAUGAUGUCAUAAUAGCCUAUCUACUAUUAUUGAAUGUAAAGGUGAAUGUGUUAUAAUUUUCAAUUAUUUUCGCAUCGAUACUUUUAUAUUGCAUUUAUAGUAAUAGUGAAUGUUCGACCGUGCCUAGAAUUGCAUUUAUGUUUAGAAAGAAAAAAGAUCAAAAAAGUUUUUUUUACUUGAUAAGCGAUGUCCGCUUGUAAGAAUAUCUCUUUUAACGAAUUAUAUGAAAUUUGAAUUUCGAUCUAAGCAAACGUAAUUGUGAUUUUUAUAAAUAUAAAGUAUAUGAAAACUGCAGAUAUAUUUUCAUAAGAUAUGAAUUAUAUACAAACAUAAAUGUAAACACUACCUAUUACCUUAUACACUAUAACUAAUAUAGGAAAGCACCUGUACUAUUUUGUAUAUAUUUAUUUCAAAUGUGACGUAUUUUCAUACGUAUGUAUGCUAUUAUAUUAUAUAGUACACAGAAUGCUAGGAAAUUAUGUUAAAAAGAAAGAAAAAAUCGUAUUAAUCUGACUACCUUGGAGUCUAGACAUACAUCAAAUAAAUUAACAACUUCUUGUUAGCUUCAAAUUAUCGGACAUCAACUCGGCUAUCGUAAUAGUUGAAAUUUUCUUGGAAAAAAGUGAAAUUUCUUCGUCAAGAAUAUAUUCGUAAUAGCUGUCAGAUUUGCCCAAGUCUAGCUUUCUCAAAAUUUCAAAUUUUGACCACGUACGUAAAAAUUUAUUUCUGAGUAAUCAUUCGCGUAGCAGGCGGUACCAAAGUUGCCUUACACCAGGCGCAUUUCAGAUGUUGAUUUAUACUUUUACGAUUUAUACGUGUGGCACAUAAAUAAAGUGUAGCCAAUAGCUAGAAAGAUAAUUAAGAUAAUAGCGAAGAUGGCGGUUAUGAAAUUUUGUAAACGUAUAAAAGAAAAGAAAAGUAACAACUUUAUGUGUAUUGAAUUAAAACGUGAUACUUAAAAACUAAUAAAUUUAUUCAUCACGCAAUAGAUGUGUUAAACAUUAAAUCGAAUGUGUGCAAGUUUUU